GGUAAGGGCAAGCUGUUGCGGCCGAUUAAUCGGCAGCACAUGUCGCGGCCAUGUGUUGCCACGCGACGACGCCGGCUGCUGCCUCGGUCGUGCGAUAACUCGCGUCCACGCGCGCUUGCAGCUCAAGCAUCCAGUCCUAGUCGACUCUUCUCGGGCGCGAAUACCGUAAGCACGAGCGGCGGUCGCGUGUUGUCAUGUAAUCGAUGACGGCAACGCCGCGUUGCGUCUGGUUCCUACUGGCAUACCGUAGUGUAGCUCGAGCUUGGCUUCUCGAGAGGUCACGUCGUCGAGAUAACUCGAAGCGAUUGCGCAGCCAGCACGCGUCUUGUCGUAGGAAGUGGCACGUUUGCAGCAGUGCGGAAGACGUGCGACCACUGGUGAGUGCGCACUGUGGACCGGCGUACCACCGCAGCUGGGUUCGAAAUAUUCGGUGCACACGGUCCGACGUCGCUGCGAUGCGGUGCGUCAUUUGUCAACUUGCCGCCUUUUCGCACAGUACCACUACUAGCAGGAUGGACCGCCAUGGCCUCGGGCGUCUCGGGUGCACGGGCUGCGAGACCUCGGUGGCGCUGAAACCCAUCUUCCAGCGCAACAACAAGGACAAGAAGAAGAACAUUCGGUGCUUUCCGCACUGCUGCAACGGCCGCGGCGGCCACAAGAGCGCGGGCUUUUGCGGCUCGAGCGUCUUUGCGACGACGCACGUGGCCUGCGACGCAGCCAUUUGCCGCUUUGAGAGCUCGACGCUCGACGAAGGCCAGCGCUUCGUCGUCGGCCGCCAGUACGCGAGCGUCGACAUCAGCUCUGAUUUCCCAGUCGUCGAGACGGCGACGACGCGCGCUGGGCGCCGCUUUGUCAUCAACCCGGACGUCAACAAGCGCGGCUGGUCGUACGCGUACGACAGCCGCAUCGAGAAGAACCGCCGCCACCGCAUGAGCGUCUACUUCUUUGACGGAGGCGUCUGCGUCGACAUUCUGCACUCGACGUGGUUUGAGCUCCGGUCAACGCGCAUGCCCAAACACAAGGCGGCCCCGCACUUGAUGCGUCCGCUCUCGUCACCGAGCAGCCCUCUGCGCUAUCAACGCCCGAUGCCACAGAUGCCGAAUGUGUACCAAGCCCAUGCUCAUCUUCGCACGCGGAAGCGCAGCCUCGACGACCUCAACUACUACUACCCGCGCGAGAACACGACCACAUAUUCAUCCCCGCGUCGGACCACGUCGCCGUACUCGGACGGCGUCCAGCAUGUUAUUUUCAAACGGCGCCCCGAAAUUACGCUCUCGAGCGCCGAGGCCGCGGCGACCGAAGCCGCCAAGUGGUCGGUGUUCACACCCAAGUGGACGAUCUUGCCGCCGCUCGUGGCACGAUGACGCACACGUUGUCAUCAUAACUAUGUGGAGCAAAGACGCUGUAGCUCUCUGUAUAUAUUUUUACUUUGCAUGUCCC